AUGACGAGUGACUCGAUGAACAUCAGUAACCCAGCAGGUGCUGGAUCUUCUGCAAGCGAGACCACUCAAGCUGAAGCCACGCGAUCUCAUGCGUUCAGUCUCUCACUCACUGCUUAUGACGACCAAACCGGAGACAGAUCAGACAAGCGUGUCUUUGCGGUCGAAUCCGUCAAGAAGAUGGCAACUUCAGAUGCCCGCCUCGCAGCCAUAAAAAAUGCAGAUCCAGAGACAUUGCCCAGCCGCAUUCCCUUGAACGAGGAGCUGGAGCUCAAUACCAAUGACAAAGACACAACCACCGUCGUGUGGGUUGGAAUGCUGCCAUCAAGUACCGAUCUAGAAGAGAAGACCAAGAUGGCGAGCAGCAGAGGCUAUUCUGUCAACAGCAUAAACGACAUCAAGCCCAUCGAGAUGGAUCCAAAGGCAAUGCGAGCUACCAAGCUAUGCACAGGAAUCAUGACUAGCGUAGACUCAGUCUUCUUCUUUCCGGAAUUCAGGGACGACGAUGCCACAUCUGUCCAGAAACGCAAGGAUACUUGGGGAGCAAAGGUCAGAGAGGCAUGCGAUAAGAGCGAAGAUGCAAAGAGCGGAAUCAAGCAUGAGUUCGAUGAGAUCGAGGUCGAAGACCGUCUCUCAAUCUCAGCUGAGAUAAUUGAUCUCGCCCAAAGCUACGAGAAAACUGACGACAUCUCAUACAUGAAAGAGAUUGCUCGUGCUGCUAAACAGCACGUCUUGCUGAUGACAGAAGACGAUGAGGGUUACGUCAAGAAAUCGGAACGUCGCAAGGUCGUCAAGAGAGAGUCUGAUUCGGAGUGA